CGAAAACGCAUCCAUACUUAACCCCUACAUUUUCACCGUCAGCGUUAAACUGAAGCGUAAUUGAGAAGCCGUACAGAAGACAAUAUAUUUCCGUGAGGAGACUGCCUGUCAACGAAAAGUUUGCGGAUAAGAUAGCGGCUAGCGGUACAUCGAUUGGUCGACGACGGCAGCCUCGAAGAAAUCAUCAUUUUUUGGACACCUUGUGAGUUUUUCGUUAAAAAAAGAGUGUAUAACAACUAACAAUGGAUGCAUUCCUGGCUGCUUCUAGAAAAUGUUUGGCAAACUUGUCGGAGUACAGUAAAAUUCGCGUGAUUCUCGGCAACCCAACCUGCGACUUAGACUCCGCCGUUUGUGCCUUGGCCCAAGGUUACCUCGAGUACAGAGAAAUCGAGUCGUGCGGACUCGAAAGUGGCGUCAUUCCAGUGUUGAACGUUAACAAGCGGGAGUUUCGGGUAAAGACAGAGGUUGUUUAUCACCUGAAGCACUGCAACGUGCCCAUCGACCUGUUGACUUUCCGAGACGAGUUGGACCUGCACGAGCUCCACGGGCGGGGCCGACUCGAGCUUGUUCUCGUGGACCAUCACGUCUUGCCGAGGGAAGACGUUGGGCUGGCGGAGGCAGUGCUCGAGGUCUUCGACCACCGACCCCAGGACCCAAACUGGCUGUGGCCCGAUCGCAAGUUUACCCUCGGCCAGGUUGGCAGCUGCGCCACUCUCGUCACCCAAAACAUCGUCCAACGCCGGCCGGAGCUCUUGGCCGAUCUGGCCUGUCUACUCCAAGGUCCAAUGCUAAUAGACACGGCGAACUUUUCCGAGGAGGCCGGCAAAGCGACGCCACUCGACCGCGAGAUGAUGGCGAGACUCGGGCGGAUCAGCGCUCGGGCUGAUACUAAUGGCCCGGACGAACUUUACCGUAUGCUUCAGGAUGCCAAGUCCGACGUUGGCCAGCUGACGCCGGCCGAUCUCCUGAUUAAGGAUCUCAAAGUCGUUAAUGGCGUGCCGAUCCCCGGAUUUCCUGUUUUGGUUAAGGACUUCCUGGCGUUGGACGGUGCAGCCGAGGCGCUCGAGACUUUUUGCGCCGAACAGCAGUGCCGAGUACUCGUCCUCAUGGGAAGGGAAUGGAAGGAGGACAGGCUGACGAGGGACCUGGCCGUCUACCACUCAUUGGGAGCCGAUCGAGCGGCAAAUAAACUCAUCGAGGCGCUGACGGGCUCGACGGAGCCAAGUCUCCAGCUGACUCCGGUGAAAAGCUGGCUCGGGUCUGCCGGGGGAGCCAGGCUGUACGAGCAAGCCAACGUGCAGGCCACGCGCAAGCAAAUACUGCCGAUUGUACAAAGUGCGUCGUCGACGGACUGCUGA